CGUCGAGAUCAACAUUAGCAGAUAUCAACCGGAGAUUGAAGGGACAAAACACUACGAUGCGCCCGCCAGAAAGGCAUAAUGGGAUGUUCUAAUGGCUUUUUCGAUCUCCUUGAAGAGGACCUAUAGCGCCCUUUUAAGCUUGACUUGCUUUGGUACAAUCGGUUGGGGGACUUACUGCACUAGGGAGAAAAAGUGGCACACACAACCUUCGAAUCGAGCGGAACAAAACAAUCUUGUUCCCCUUAGGUAGUCGAUAUCUCUGGUAGGGAUGUCGCUAGGUCGUUCGAGUACGGAUGGAACUCAAUCGUGAC